UCGCGACGCCUCUUCCUUCCUUACCCUCCUCGCACCGGAUAUGUCGUUGUUGCUGACCUUCCGCCCAAGUCAGUUUGUCAUGUAGCUGCAAGCUACAUUCUUCUAAAAGUAGUAGAAAACGCACUUAUCUCCGCUGUAAAUGGUGUUGCCAACGAGCAGGUAUUUGCCAAAGUGUAAGUUACAUAUGAAGUCAUCAUUUUUCGGGAACAAUGGUGAAGUACUUUGCCUGCGUGGGUCAUCUGAAAAGUUCCUGGGACCAAGUCUGCAUCGCUUUCUGGGAGCGAUACCCCAACCCAUACAGUAACCAUGUCCUAACGGAGGACAUCAUCUUCAGGGAAGUAACUCCCGGUAACCGUCUGGUCUCUAGGCGACUGCUGACCAAAACUAACCGCACCCCUCGCUGGAUGGAGAAGUACCUGCCGGUUACCAUGGCCAGGCACGCCUACAUUAUCGAGGAUUCCAUUGUGGACCCCCAGAACAGAACCAUGACAACGCUGACUUGGAACAUCAGCCACGCACGCAUGAUGUCUGUGGAGGAGCGUUGUGAGUACAGAAUUAACCCUGACAACACCAGCUGGACGGAGAUUAACAGAGAGGCCUGGAUCUCGUCUAACCUCUACGGGCUCUCCAGAGCUAUACAGGAAUUCGGCCUUGCCCGGUUCAAGACCAGUGUUACAAAGACCAUGAAAGGGUUUGAAUAUGUCCUGGCCAAAAUGCAAGGUGAUACCCCCUCCAGGACCCUGGCUGAGCAUGCUACGGAGAGGGCCAGGGAGACGGCUCUGGCGGCUAAGGAGAAAGCCAAAGGCCUGGCCUCACAGGCUCACAAGAAACAACAGUAUGUCUGAGCUGCCAGUGUAGGGUGAAGCUUCCCCUAGAUGCUGAUGUGUUUAGGAUUGGCGCAGGCGAAGCUGAUCCUAGAAACUUAAACACAGAAUGCGAGGUGCCAGUGGGAGGAAGUAGACGUUGGCCCCUGUCAGUCCUGCCUUGAUUCAAAGACUUUAUCUGGGAUGGAUUGAGCAUGCCUGGCUGGCACUAUUUGAACCCAGGUCUGGUUGUCCCUACUCAGAUCUGGGAUCAGAUCUUAUUGAGGUAGGGGAAUCUGAUCCUAGAUCUGUGGUUGUGGGUGCAAAAUCCGUUAACUAAAAUUACCAGGUUUUCCAGAAAUUGAAAGAUUACCCUAAGAAGGAAAACCCGGAAUCCUCCAACCAGGAUUUCUGGAAAACCUGGUAAUUUUGUGACUCUAGGUGUGACAGUGAUCUAGGGGAUGAACCAUUACAGUUAAAGACAAUUUUAUACUGAAUCUGAUCAAAUGGUGGAGACCAUAUGGAGGGUGCGACGAGGCUCCGGAGGCGUGCAGAGUCCGAAUCAAGCUCCAUACCGCAUCGCUGUGCACCUCUCAAAUGUUGUAACAAUGUGGGGGGGCUCCGUAUAGCUCCGCAUUGACAUGAUUGGUUGACGGUAGGUGAGGGUGGGAGGUCCUGAAUAAACACAAACUCACUCUCUCGACACCUUCCUUCACAACGGCUCUGGGAAGCUCCAAAAAGUAUGUUUGCUCUGACUUCUGCAGAGGCUGCAUUACAGUAACACGCUGUGCUGCCGCGACACGGUAACACGCUGUACUGCCGCGACGCGGUAACACGCUGUACUGCCGCGACACGGUAACACGCUGUUCUGCCGCGACACGGUAACACGCUGUACUGCCGCGACACGGUAACACGCUGUACUGCCGCGACACGGUAACACGCUGUACUGCCGCGACACGGUAACACGCUGUUCUGCCGCGACACGGUAACACGCUGUACUGCCGCGACACGGUAACACGCUGUACUGCCGCGACACGGUAACUCGCUGUUCUGCCGCGACACAGUAACGCGCUGUACUGCCGCGAUACGGUAACACGCUGUACUGCCGCGACACGGUAACGCGCUGUGCUGCCGCAACACAGUAACGCGCUGUGCUGCCGCGACACAGUAACGCGCUGUGCUGCCGCGACACAGUAACGCGCUGUGCUGCCGCGACACGGUAACGCGCUGUGCUGCCGCGACACAGUAACUCGCUGUACUGCCGCGACACAGUAACGCGCUGUGCUGCCGCGACACGGUUACGCGCUGUACUGCCGCGACACGGUAACGUGCUGUGCUGCCGCGACACGGUAACUCGCUGUGCUGCCGCGACACGGUAACUCGCUGUUCUGCCGCGACACGGUAACGCGCUGUACUGCCACGAUACGGUAACACGCUGUACUGCCGCGACACGGUAACGCGCUGUGCUGCCGCGACACAGUAACUCGCUGUACUGCCGCGACACAGUAACGCGCUGUGCUGCCGCGACACGGUUACGCGCUGUACUGCCGCGACGCGGUAACGUGCUGUGCUGCCGCGACACAGUAACUCGCUGUUCUGCCGCAACACAGUAACUCGCUGUACUGCCGCGACACGGUAACGUUCUGUUCUGCCGCGACACAGUAAUUUGCUGUACUGCCGCGACACGGUAACGCGCUGUGCUGCCGCGACACGGUAACGCGCUGUACUGCCGCGACACAGUAACGCGCUGUGCUGCCGCGACACGGUAACACGCUGUACUGCCGCGACACGGUAACACGCUGUUCUGCCGCGACACGGUGCCGCGACACGGUAACACGCUGUACUGCCGCGACACGGUAACACGCUGUACUGCCGCGAUACGGUAACGCGCUGUACUGCCGCGACACGGUAACGCGCUGUGCUGCCGCGACACAGUAACGCGCUGUGCUGCCGCGACACGGUAACGCGCUGUGCUGCCGCGACACAGUAACGCGCUGUGCUGCCGCGACACAGUAACGCGCUGUGCUGCCGCGACACAGUAACGCGCUGUGCUGCCGCGACACAGUAACGCGCUGUGCUGCCGCGACACAGUAACGCGCUGUGCUGCCGCGACACAGUAACGCGCUGUGCUGCCGCGACACAGUAACGCGCUGUGCUGCCGCGACACAGUAACGCGCUGUGCUGCCGCGACACGGUAACGCGCUGUACUGCCGCGAUACGGUAACACGCUGUGCUGCCGCGACACGGUAACUCGCUGUUCUGCCGCGAUACGGUAACACGCUGUACUGCCUCGACACGGUAACGCGCUGUGCUGCCGCGACACAGUAACUCGCUGUUCUGCCGCAACACAGUAACUCGCUGUACUGCCGCGACACGGUAACGUUCUGUUCUGCCGCGACACAGUAAUUUGCUGUACUGCCGCGACACGGUAACGCGCUGUGCUGCCGCGACACGGUAACGCGCUGUACUGCCGCGACACAGUAACGCGCUGUGCUGCCGCGACACGGUAACACGCUGUACUGCCGCGACACGGUAACACGCUGUUCUGCCGCGACACGGUGCCGCGACACGGUAACACGCUGUACUGCCGCGACACGGUAACACGCUGUACUGCCGCGAUACGGUAACGCGCUGUACUGCCGCGACACGGUAACGCGCUGUGCUGCCGCGACACGGUAACGCGCUGUGCUGCCGCGACACGGUAACGCGCUGUGCUGCCGCGACACGGUAACGCGCUGUGCUGCCGCGACACAGUAACGCGCUGUGCUGCCGCGACACAGUAACGCGCUGUGCUGCCGCGACACAGUAACGCGCUGUGCUGCCGCGACACAGUAACGCGCUGUGCUGCCGCGACACAGUAACGCGCUGUGCUGCCGCGACACGGUAACGCGCUGUACUGCCGCGAUACGGUAACACGCUGUACUGCCGCGACACGGUAACGCGCUGUGCUGCCGCGACACGGUAACUCGCUGUUCUGCCGCGACACAGUAACUCGCUGUUCUGCCGCGACACAGUAACUCGCUGUUCUGCCGCGACACAGUAACUCGCUGUACUGCCGCGACACGGUUACUCGCUGUUCUGCCGCGACACAGUAACACUCUGUGCUGCCGCGACACAGUAACGCGCUGUGCUGCCGCCGCAGACAUCGGAUUGACCAUGCGGCACCUUUUUUAGACUCGUGUCUUCUAACACAAGUGUCUGGGCUGAGUCUCAAUAGUCCUCACUAGCUUCCUUUCCUUGUCUCCUUCAGUACAGUACUCUAACAGGGAGGUGAACGCGCCGGGCUAGUUUCCAUUCUCCUCCCUCCAACCUGUCGUGGUCUUAUCAGUUCAAAUGGAAGAGGCUAAACGCUAUAGAAGUGGUUACUGUACCAGCAGAGAAUGUAAACUGAGUAACUGGGUUGAUCUUGUUGGAGGCAUGUGGCAGCAUUGGGGACAGGACCACACCAGUCCCACCCAGCAGGUGAUCUACUGGGCACGGCUGACGUUGGUGUUGGUCGGUCCUGUCCUUUUAUUGGUGGCUAGCUAGUACAAGAGACUGGUUCAUGUCUCCAGAAAUGACUCGAGUUGUUUUCGUGACCUACUGAAUACUGUCAUAGCCGUAGGGGACGAGGGAGUUCCACGCUGAUAUUGGGUCAGUUUUGAGCAUUUUCCCAAUAAGGGCUAAGGUUAGGAUUGGUUAGAGGGGAAGCUGAUCCUAGAUCUGUAGGCCUACCCACCAUUUCCCUCCAACUCAGUGGUUUAAGUCCCAAAUGGCACCCUAUUCCCUAUAUAGUGUACUACUUUAGCCCAGAGCCCUAUAAGAACCCUAUUCCCUAUAUAGUGUACUACUUUAGACCAGAGCCCUAUUCCCUAUAUAGUGUACUAAUUUAGACCAGGGACUUAUGGACUCUUUUAACCCCUCGUGCACUUCUGUCUAUUCCAUUUACAAGAGUCGACAACAUUACAGGAAGCAUUUCUCCUGUCGUAAUUCCUUGACCUUCAUAUAGUUGUGUUUCUCACACUGUAGAUGAGACUGACUACGUAUCUUCAGUUACUUUAGAUUUAGGCUUACGAUUUGGAAAUAUUUAAAUCUUUUUCAAAAUCAUCUUUUGUUUUCUGUUAACUAGACUACUAAAAAAAAGCCAAUCUCAAAGUAAUCUCCCUGAAUCUUGAUUCUUCGCUACAGGUUAAUUGAUUUCAGUUAUGGCGCUACAUUAUAUAUAUAUAUAUAUAUAUUUUAAAUUCAGAAUGAAAAUUCAUUGCUUCAAAUUGAAGUUGUUGCUAGUGUGAUGAGGGGGGGGGUCCACGUUAUUUUGCAGUCGUUACUUGGAAGUGAUCAUCCUUGGCUAGAGGGAGAGCUGCUACUUGGCUCUCUCUUGACAUUGUGAAAAGACAGGAUUGCUGUGGAUAUCAAUGUCUGUCUGUAUGCUUGAAAAAAUUAACUUCAUAAAAUUAGCCAAAUUUGCACAAAAAAAUUGGUAUAAUUACACUUAAAGACAUGCUCAGGAACUUUGACGGCUGUUUUGUUUUUUAAACCUCCCCGUUUUGGGCUGGAUGUGUCAAUGUGUAGUUAGUUUACGCAAUAAGGCACGAGGGGGGGGUGUGGCAUAGGGCACGUCGCAACGCGGAGUGCCUGGACACAGCCCUUAGCCGUGGUAUAUUGGUCAUAUAUCACAAACCUCAUUGCUAUUAUAAACUGGUUACCAAUGUAAUUAGAGAAGUAAAAAUGUAUGUUUUCUCAUACCUGUGGUAUAUGGUCUGAUAUACCAUGGCUGUCAGCCAAUCAGCAUUCAAGGCCUCUGACCAUCCCGUUUAUAAACAUGAGAUAAUCUAUGAGCAGAAUUACUAUUUUUAUCUCAAUUAGCCACGAAAUCCCUCGUUUGAAAGACAUGGGCCAGCCCCCAAGCAAUUAGAGUUCUGAGCUUCGGGCCCUCUCCAUUUGAGUGACAGCUAGUAAGGUUGCACACACAGCAGAGCGAGAGGCGGGGCAAUGACAUAGUACACAUGUAUGAUGUAGUACACCACUUUUGGCUCAUGAGCGCUUAACUUUCAUAACUACUGGCUAUAAAAGUACACAAGUACCUAAGAAUCUUUUUUUUUUAAGAAAAUUAAUGUAUACAAAUUAUGAAUGUGUAAUGUUUGAGCAACAGUAUGGACUUAUUGAUGAAUACUAAUAAAUAUUUUCUGUUUCUGGAUAAUU